AUGCCACUCCGGACCGCUCCUCCGCGUGUUGGCAGCGUUGGCGUGUGCGGCAACUUUCGUCGAUGCUUAUUUUUCACUGUCUGUGCCCUCUCAUUGGGCGCAGCUACAGCACGCACAGCACGCAGGGUUGCGGCUGCCUCCGCUGCUGCGAGGCUGCUGCUGCUGCAAGGCUCUGCGCUUUCGUUGCAGCUGCACCUCGGCUUUGGCUCACCCGCGCUGUCAUCCUUUCGGCACUCUGGCGCUGGGCACGGGAGCACAGUGCAGGUGUUGGUCUGUGAUCGCUGUCAUUUUCUGCUCGUCGGUCGCCCUUCUGCCUCGGCCACUUUGCGCCAGACUCUGCGCGCCCGUCCGCGCGGUGCGGGUCUGCACGGUCACCGCGAUUUCUUCCUGAAUGCUUUCCUCGCUCCCUCGCUUGACUUGGCACCGGCGCUACUGUACUGCGCUCGGCCGCUCGCCUCGCUCGUCGAGCCGCUCUCUGUUUCCGCAAUCCCGCACGCCGUUGCCUCUGAGAAGAUUGAGGCGUACGACCGCCUCUCCAAGAACCUCUCCUUCGACUCGCACGGCGUCACCGAGACCGUCGACCUCCCGCACGCCGUGCCCGCCUCGCAGUCGUCCGCCAGCGUCAAGGCUGAGCCUGUCCUGCCGGCACAGCCUGCUGUGAGCGCCAAGAUCGCCGUCCCCGAGCCAGCUCCUGCUGCCAACGGCUCGAGCCUCAAGCUCGGCAACGGCUCCGCUCCUGCCGUCAAGGACGAGAAGGAUGCCAGCGUCAAGCUCGCUCCCGGCGGCAAGGUCAAGCUCACCAACUACCCUUCCAUCGCCAACGCUCCCCUCCCCGCAGAGGGCAACGGCACCUUCUCCAACCUCCACCUCGCCCUCCUCAUCUUCUUCACCCCGGCCGUCGUGCUGCGUCUGAUCCCGUUCGUCAACCCCAAGUGGUUCGGAUGGUUCAGCUACCUGCUGCUCUGCGCCCUCUUUGGCGCGCCUGUCGCCAUCGCCUACUGGACCGUCAUGUCCACCUACGGCCCGCGCAUCAACGAAAAGGUGCAGCUGCCCGGCAAGCCGCUCGAGUACUACAUGGACAUCAAGGACGCCGCUUUACGCAAAAAGUACCAUUCGGACAAGAAGAUCCCCUACCAGACCUUCCACGACGCCUACUUUGCCGGCAAGAUCGAGCCCAAGCUGCCGCUCAACGAGCUGCUCGAGUACCGCUGGGACUGGUGCUCGAUGCAGUUCACAUGGCCGCUGUUUGAGUACGUGCUGUUCAACCUCAUCCCCGACGUGCUCAUGCACACCGCCAAGCAGGACCAGACGCAGAUCCAGGACAACUACGACCGCGGCGACGACUUUUACGCAUGGUUCCUCGGCCCGCAGAUGAUCUACACCUCGGGCAUCAUCUCGGACGCCAACAAGGCCGAGACGCUCGAGGAGCUGCAGGACAACAAGCUCAACCUCGUCUGCUCCAAGCUCGACCUGCAGAAGGAGGACCGCGUGCUCGACAUCGGAUGCGGCUGGGGCACCUUCGCCACCUUUGCCGCCGUCAACUACGGCUGCGACGUCACCGGUGUGACGCUCGCCAAGACGCAGACGCGCUUCGGCAACGACCGACUCCAGAAGAACGGCAUCGACCCCAGCCAGGCGCGCAUCCUCAACCUCGACUACCGCGACAUCCCCGUGCAGCCGGGCCACUACACCAAGAUCAUCUCGCUCGAGAUGGCCGAGCACGUCGGCAUCCGCCACUACGACAAGUUCCUCUCGGACGUGUACAACCUGCUCGACGACGACGGUGUGUUUGUCUUCCAGGUGGCCGGCCUGCGACCCACGUGGCAGUUCCACGACCUCAACUGGGGCCUCUUCAUGAACAAGUACGUCUUCCCCGGCGCCGACGCCUCGUGCUCGCUCGGCUGGGUGGUGUCGCACCUCGAGAAGGCCGGCUUCGAGAUCCGCUCGGUCGACGUCGCCGGCGUGCACUACUCGGCGACCAUCCUGCGAUGGGCGCAGAACUGGGAGUCGAACAAGGACAAGGUGGUGGCCAAGUACGGCGACCACAUGUACCGCAUGUGGAGCUUCUUCCUCUGGUCGAGCGUCAUCGUGGCUCGCGAGGGCGGCAGCUCCGUGUUCCAGUUUGUGCUCCACAAGAACCUCAACGCCUACCACCGCAUCAACGGCGUCAAGUCCCACGGCGGCCUCCUGCCCCGUCCCAGCGUCACCAAUGCUGCACAGUCCUUUGGCACGACAGGCACGGCUGCGCCGGAAAAGUGGAGAAAGCAGCGCCACGCAGCCGGCUCAGCCGCACCACGGCAAGCCUCGACACAUCCACCGUCUGCGGCGCCACCCUUCCUACUCUCCACAUCAUCCUCAUCACGUCUGCUAUCGAGAAUGUCGACCAACUAUACCGCGCCACCUUCGUAUGCGCCCAAGGGCUACCAGGCUGUUCCGCAGCACGAUGCGCCGUCGUAUGGUGCGGCGGCGGAUGCCGGUGCCGGUGCCGCCCCGCGCGAUGUGGACCAGGAAGGCGAUCCGGACGACUUCAAAUUCGGCGUGACGGUGGAGCAGUCUUCGCCCGAAAUCCGCGCCAUGUUUCUGCGCAAGGUGUACAGCGUGCUGUUCUUCCAGAUCCUCGGCACGACGGCGAUCGCGGCGAUCAUGACGACGCAGGGGAUUGCGUCGUGGGUGCAGCAGAACCAGUGGGCAUUCAUCGUGCCCAUGAUCGGAAGCUUGGUGACGAUGGGAUUCCUGUACUGGAAACGCCACUCGCACCCCACCAACAUCCUGCUGCUGUCGCUGUUUACCGUGCUCGAGUCGAUCUCGCUCGGAACCGUGAUCACCUACGUGGACCAAAAGAUCGUUCUGCAGGCAAUGGUGAUUACGGCCUUCACGUUCUUUGGGCUUACCCUGUUUACGCUCCAGAGCAAGUGGGACUUUGGCAGCCUCGGCGGGUGGCUGUUUGGUGGUCUCAUGGUGCUGGUGGGCGUCGGAUUCGUCGGCAUCUUUAUGCCGUACAACCAGACGUUUGACCUCAUCAUGGCCGGUGCAGGCUGCGUGAUCUUCAGCCUGUACAUUGUCUACGACACCUGGCUCAUCCAGCGCCGUCUGAGCGCAGAGGAAUGGGUGCUCGCCAACAUCAGCCUCUACCUCGACAUUGUCAACCUCUUCAUCAACAUCCUCCGCAUCCUCAACAACCAGUCGCGCGAUUAA